GCCCGCCCCCAACCAGCCAGCCAGCCGGGACCGCCCGAGCCGUGGCGGGGAUGUCGAGGCGGGCCCCUUGCCCCGCGGCCGCCGGCGAGCACAGCAGCUGCUGAAGGAGCUCCAGGCCGCCCCGCCGGCUCCCCCCAGCUCCGCCGUGCCGCGCCCUUGGUCAGCCAGCCAGCCAGCCAGCCAGCCAGCCGGCCCCACCACCGCCCAGCCGCCCGACGGAGCCUCGCCCGCCCUGCGAGAUGGAGAUGAUCGACGCCAGCACGGUUCAGCAGGAGAGGCUGCAAGCCAUCGCGGAAAAGAGGAAGCGCCAAACUGAGAUUGAAAAUAAACGACGACAGUUGGAAGAUGACCGGCGCCAACUGCAACACCUAAAGUCGAAAACUCUGCGGGAAAGAUGGCUGCUAGAAGGAGCUCCUUCAUCCACGGCUGAGGAAGGGGAAGCCUUGAAGAAGCAGAUGGAGCUGGAUGACUUGAAGGCCAAAGAGCUGGAAGGCUGCAUCCAGAGGUUGGAGAAGGAGCUGGAACUGUUUGAAAAUGGAGUCUCAGCAUCUUCGACCGGAGAGACCUUGGCAGAGGAGGCUACGGAAGAGAAACCCACCCACUCACAAAAGGCUCCUUUGGGCUCAGCAAAGUCCUCCAACAGUCCCAUGAAAAUGCUGGAAAGAGGUGGCAUGAUGAAGGCAGCUACAUACUCUGUGGAAAUCACUGUGGAAAAAGACAGAGUCACUGGGGAGACCAAGGUCCUGUCGAGCAGCACUAGACUCCCCAAGGUCCACUCAAUACAGGGGGUCAAAGUGUACGAGGACGAGACGAAAGUGGUUCACGCGGUCCAUGCUGAGGAUGGGGCCAUGGAGAAUGGCAUCCACCUUCUCAGCUCCUCUGAGGUAGAUGAACUCAUCCACAAGGCCGACGAAGCCUCCGAGAAGGCCAAGAGCAAUCCCCCCAGCCAGAAGGUCACGCCCCGGAAGGAAAUCACCGGUGUUCAGGCCAAGCCAGUGCAUGGCCCAAAGGGUCCCGAGCCAAGCAAGGAGCAGCCGGUCACCAUGAUCUUUAUGGGUUAUCAGAACGUGGAAGAUGAGAACGAGACCAAAAAAGUGCUGGGCCUCGAGGGCACUAUCAAAGCUGAGCUUGUGAUGAUCGAAGAUGCAGAGAACAAACCCACAUCAGAUAGCACAGGGAAGGACCAUGCCCCGCCCAAUGGCAGCACCGUGGAGGCCGUGACAACCCUCCUGCAGAAGGAAGAGAACCAGGCAGGCGAGCAGCCGGCAGCCAACGACACCGACCCUAAAGAAGUGGACAAGGAUCUCGACGUCAAAAAACAGCGCUGCAAAUGCUGUUCUGUCAUGUAAGUUGGCUGCCUUCAACUCUGCAGGCCAUUGGGACUGCCUUUCCUCCCCUCCUCACCCGUCACUCUCACCAGGAUACUUUGACUUCGCCUCCUCCUCGGGUACCUUUUAAGUUAGCUCCUUGGUUUUUUGAUUUUACUAAACAAGACAACGGUUGUAUUAUUUUUAUUUUCAGGAGGGAUUGCCUUUUUUCUAUCUUUAAGUGACCAAGAACUUAUCUGUGGCUUUGGUGAAAAGUGUAUAGUAUAUACACUGCAGCUGCUAGGCUGCCUGUUCUUCUUUGCCCUCGCAUCCGUAAAACAUCCUUAUCCAUCCUUUCAUAAACAUAACGGAUGCCAUAUUGUAUUUAUUAGCUCAAGUAAUCAUUUUUAUCCCUCUCUGCAGCAAGAUGCAUCAGGAAAUCUUAAACUUCCACAUGACCAAAUUUCAUGGCCCUUUAAAAAAAUUAUUUGAAAGAUGAGUUGACGUGCCCUAAUCCUACUGAGCCAAUCCUGCAAUGUUAUCCGAAGGAAAAUUACCAAUCAUGGAACCCGCAUGAGUGUAGCUUUUGCAAUUGGUCUUGCAGCCCUUGGAAUUCAUUUGGUCUUUAAGAUCUUGCAAGUCUGUUGAGAACUUUUCUAAGGCAAGACUUUUGCACCAUUACGUGAAGUGUCACAACGGGAAAUCUAUCAUUGUGUGAGCUGACUUUGGAUAUGAAAAGACCCCUGUCUGUCCCUUGGGCCCCGGAGAAAUCCAUCAGGCAUCCUGAUUUUGAAGACUUGUGCAGUUUUGUUCCACUUCUGCAGUCCAGCUCCACUUGCUCCUUUGACUGUCCAAGGAGCUGCCAGCCAAGGAUGAUGGGAUGGCGACAACCAAAAGCUGGCCUAACUGUGAUCCUUCUACAGUUUUGUGGAAGGUCCUCUCACACGUGUUAAACGGGGAUGAUUCGGUAUGCCGUUCCAACCACACCUAGAUUACAAAAAGUACUCACUCCUUGUUGAUUCUGGUUCAGCAGUAGAAGCCAGGCGCUAGGAGGAGGGUUGGGUCCCAGGGACCGGCAUGUUUGAUGGGAGCCACAGUCAGGGGAGAUGGGAGUCCAAGGGUCAUUUGAGGAGAGACCAGCCCAUGGAUGGGCUGCAGGCCUGACUAGGAGGCGGAGGCCUAAGGUGACUAGUUGUGAAGCAGGACAAGUAUCCACGUGGAAGCCCAGUGACAAGAGGCCCAGACCGGGGAUGGCGGGAGGGGGUGGACAGGACUGACUUGGCAAGAUCAACCAGAUCUAGCUGGUCUAGUUGAUCUAGAUCUAGCCAGAUCUAUUUGUCUAGUGUGCCAGGGAAUGGGGCGGGGGGGCAGGGGCAUGCUAUGCAAUCAUGGAGGCUUUCAGGAAACGACACCAAGAGAUUUCUGUGUCUGGGUGAGCUAGGAUGGCCACUGGUGUUAAAACGCUUCCCCUUGUCUGAGAAGGCGUCUUUGCCAAUAACAGACAACACUUCUUCAGUCUGUCCUUAUUUGGUACCAGCCAAAGAGCUCCUUCCGCCCUGCUUUGUUUCCAGCGUGUUUGGCCAGUGCCCGGGGACGGUGUUUUAUCCAUGGAAGCUCUUGGGAGUCUUCGGGAUGACCCAUUUUCUUGUUUUUGCUUCCACAGAUAAGCAUGGUGUGUGUGUGUGUGGGGGGGGGGUAGCUGAGAUUUCCCUUGGCAAAGCUCAUGAAACACAAAGUGCGCAACAGCCUCAAGUUGGUCUAUUUCAAAGCCACAGAAUUGACUAUGUAUUGUCUGAUCUGGGCAGAGACGUAUGGCCUAUAGGGACAUAGGGUAACCCAUGUCCCCAGGCGCAUGGCUUCUCCACAGAACCAAAAGAUGUGCGCCCCAACCACACGCCACCGAGCCCUGCCCCCCUGGCCUCCCUGUAGGCUGGCUUUUGGCCCCCACCCCAGGCCCUGCUGGCCUCCACAGAGACCGGGGACGGGGCUCGGCCUGCAGGGAGGCCUGGGGGCAGAGCUUGGCAGCGCACAGCCCCGCCUCAUGCGGCCCCGCCCACAAGUCCCACCUCAAGCCUCUGUGCAGGCCGGUGGGGCGGGGCUCAGUCAGUGGUGGGAUUCAAAUAAUUUAACAACUGGUCGUUUACAAGCACCAUUUUAACAACCGGUUCUGCCAAAGUGUUGCGAACCGGCUGAAUCCCACCACUGGGCUCAGUGCCCCCAAGCCGGGCCUCCAAGCACAGGGGGGCACCAGGAGAAGGGGAUGUCUCUGGGCACCAUUUCCCCCUGAUACACCUCUGGAUCUGGGUCUACCAACUUCUUUUCCCACAAUGCACCACAUGACCAGUUUGUGGAAUUCUCCAACGCAGGACGUGAGGGCAGUCUCGAUCUAAGAUGACUUUAAAAGGGGAUUGGAACAAUUCAUUGGGGGGGUGGGGGGGGGGUUCAAUGGCUAUUAGCCACCUGCAGCAUCCACAUUCCAUGGCAGUUUGUUUUAAUGUCCACCGUUAUAUGGAAACAGCAAACUUUCGUGGGGGCAUUCGUUUGACUCCUGGUGGGAAAAGCCUCCUGAGUGAGAUGGCCCAAUGUCCUGGCUGAGGAGGAGAAAAUAUGCACGUGUCUCCAAAGCACCAUAUUCCCAAACGUCUGAAAUGGGGGCGGGGGUCAGACUCACUUAGAAAAAUGUCUUCAGGAUAGAUUUUCUCCACCAGACUGCUCCCGGAGUCAGCAGCACAGCCCUGCCCAGCACAGGAAGCCCCGCUGAUGUUCCUUUCUCCUCUGCCCAGUCAAGGCAGACUCUGAGGAGGAAGCCGCCUUCUGGGCAAAGGGGAUGGCGAUGCCAUGUACCCCCCCCCCCCGCGGCCACAGCAGAAGCUGCCCUGCUCUCUUCGCAUGUAGAAGGUCCAAGGCCCAGACCUCCUCGGAAGGAUCUGUGCCGUUGUGAAAAACCUCUCUCUGCCCUCGGCGCUGCAGCCCCAGCGGAGCCGGAUGGAUGAGAUGCAGAAGGCAAUUUCACUUGUCUGUAGCUGCACUGCAUGCUGGAGGGCCCCGGCUCUGCCUCGCAGCGUGGGCUGUGGCUCCGUGGUAGGGAAUCUGCCUGGAUGCCGAAAGCCCCAGGUUCAAUCCCUGGCAUAUCUAGUUAAAAAGGACCGGGCAGCGGAUUAUGUGGAAAACUUCCGCCUGAGACUGCAAAGAUUGUCAUGCCCUUAUAUAAAGCCGUGGUGCGACCGCA